CGCACAUUUAAGCUUUUCUGUGUAGCUUCAUGUUUAUUCAGUGAGAGCAUGCAGAACAGGGACACAAUAAUGACCCGUUUCUGAUCAGCAUGUUUGAAGAAUGCACUGUAUGAAGGUGAAGUUCUUCUAAAAACCAAGUCUAUCUUUAAAUUUGCAGAUUCCCUGAUACCCCCUGAGUCAAAGCGCCCUUGAUGAACAGGAGACAUGUCUGGUAACUCAACAGAUGACUCUUUGUGUUCAGAGCCGCUAGUCUACAGCCUGAUUGGGGCCCUCUCCUUCACCAUCGUGGCGUCUACGAUGCUUUGGGUCAUUUACAUCAAAAAGUAUCGUGCUUUGGUGAGGAGGGUUCAUGAUCUGAAGGGGAGUAAAUUUUUGCUGGGUGUCAGCCCUCGGCUUGAAUUUCCCAGCACACCUGUGAGGCCAGUCCCAGCAGUGGUGGAAGGAGAGAGGGAGGACCACAGAGAUGAGGGCCCUCAGCUCCCCCAGCGGCAGAGCAGCACCGUCCGUCUGUCCUCCGGGAGGCUGUGGAAAGGCCGGCAACAGAGUCCUGGUUUCACAAAGUCAGAUCUGAACCUGCUGCAGCUGAUCAAAGCGGGGAAAGAGGGCGUCUUCUACCAGGCCAGGAUGGCCAGAGGGACAUGUAAAGGCCACAGCAUGUUCACCUGCAAGAUCAGCAAGGAAGGUGUCCGGCCCAAACACGUGGAAUCAGAAGUUUCCAUCAUGAGGAAACUGGUUCACCACAAGAACAUUCUGCAGCUUCUGGACUGGAACACUGUUGAGGAGCCUUACAUUUUAAUCAUGGAAUACGUGAGCUACGGCACCCUGAGGACCUUCCUACAGACCAACAGAGUCCACUUGAGUGCCGACCAGGAGCUCCAGAGCCUCCUCACCAUCGCCUCCUACCACAUCGCUCUGGCCAUGCAGCACCUGCACGCCAAAAUGAUCAUCCACUGUGACCUGGCACUGAGGAACAUCAUGGUCAAUAAGUUUCCCUGGGAGGUCAAAGUGGGCGAGUUUGGCCUGGCCCGAGAUUUAUCCAGUAUGGCGAGCCGCCGCAGCAGCCGCUGGAAAAACCCAAGACAGCGGGUUCCACUGCGCUGGUACCCACCCGAGUACUUCAAGAACAACUACUACAGCUUUAAAGGGGAUGUGUGGGCGUUUGGCAUCGUGCUGUGGGAGAUGCAGACAUUUGGUACACUUCCAUACCCCAACCUGGAGACAUCAGACGCAGUGGUGUAUCACAUCUGUGUCGGUCAUAAGAACACAAACCCAGAGGGAUGCAGACCAGAGAUGCUUCACAUCAUGAGAGACUGUUGGUUGGAGCCGUACACUAUGAGACCUUCAUUCCCAGAUAUUGUCUCCAUGCUGGAAAACAUCAUUGAAAACGAUGCGGAUUAUGUGGAUGUUGAGAGUCCGCAGCUUUUGGUGAAAGAUGAAGCUGAGUACAAUGAGGCAAAAGGUCUACUAGCAGCCAGUGUCUCCCUUGAGGAUAAAAAUCCCAUCUAAAUAAAUGUACACACUUAUCAGAGCAAGGAUAGUUAUGCUCAGAUGUGUGCUUUCAGAACAGAAAGACUGUGUUUAGACUAUGUUUAUCUAUGGCUACAACACUUAUUACUGUAUGAUGUUAAGAUUAUAUAUAUAUAUAUAUAUAUAUAUAUGUAUAUAUAUAUAGAAGUAUGGACAGCAUUUUUACAUAGUAAAUGUUGUUAUGGGUAAAGUCCCCAAAAAGUGAACCUCAAAUUUGCGACUAAUGUAACUGACAUGUAUUUGGAUUUUCUAGUUUGACCAAUGUCUCAUCUGCUUACACUGAGGAGCUAGAGCUUAUGACUGAAUGCAGCCUGUCAGUAGUGAGCUCCAGAUAUUUUGGCUUCACUUUAUAAGAACUGUUACAUCAUCCAUCUUUUUAUGAAGUUUAUCUCUGUGUCUCAUUUUUGGGUUAGCAUUUUUCAAAGAAGUCAAGGAAUCUCAGGAUUAUUUUUGCUUCAGAUGAUGUAUGGGACAGAUCUUCUCUCACUUGGGAAGAAUUAUAUUUGUUGGCUGCAUUUGGAGGAGAUUUUGGAAUGGCAUAUUGCUCUUCUGUGAGGUGGUUAGUCCUUGGAUCAGAAGUGGCCACAAGUCAAUUUGAAAAAUCAACAGAUUGUAAAAAUGAAGUCAAUAUUUAAAUACUUCAAUGUAUAUCAUGUGUAGAUAUAAUUUAUGAGAGUAGAAAAUCAUGUAUUAUAUGUAAAAUGUGUUUGUACACUCUUGUCAUUGAGAAAUGAAUUCUCUUGAUCUUGAAGGUAUUCUAAUAAAGUUAGACUCGGUCAUUUUAGUUAUUUAUUUGUUAGGGGUGGGCGGAAGUUUUUCCCCUGCAAGGAGGGGGAACAGGUUGAAAAAGUCUGAUUCCACCUACGCUAUUUUUACCCAGUCACUAGCGUACUGACUCAGUUUACCCGUCACUAGUCUAUAACACACAUAAAAGGGCUUAUUUUUCUCUGAUGAGGCCCAGUCCUUCUUUUAAGUGGACAAGCAUUAGGU